GCAUUUCUGCCCCUUAAUUUAGCUCCUGAAAAAGUCAGAUUUCUGAGAUUUUCACCUGUAACUACUCGCUUUUUUGUGCUUUUUAUACACGUUAUUGAUAUGUUCUAAAUAUCCUGGAGCUGACGACAUCAUUUAAGGUUGAAAUUGCGGCAUGCAGACGUUGAAAUUAGUUUUUAAAAACUGUCCCACAGACUCUCAGAGUGUUGAUCAGCCUCUCCUGCUCAGGCCUCGACUUACAACUUCUCCCUUUCCUUCCUCACUCCUUCUCUUCUACCUCCCAUCUUUUUUUGUUUUGUUUCUUUUUUUUUUUUUUUUUUUUUUUGUGAAUGGCGGCAGAUUUCCAGCUCUGCCGUUCUCUGCAGGAGUUUGUAUCAGGGAUGAGCUGGCUCGUUCGCAGACAGAGGGCCAGUGACUCAUCCAUCUUGCUCUUACUUACUGUUUGGACACAAACGCACACUGCACCCUCUCUUCUUCUUUUUUUUCAUCCAUCUCUCCUCUCUUUGUCCCCGACAAGUUUUGUUUUCUGAAGUUUCUGCAAAAUGGUUUCAUGUUGUGAUCAUGAGAUGAGAGUUCUGCUCCAGUUUUUUGUUGUAUUUCUGUUGUGUGUGCAGCUUUAAAAGUCGUGGUUUUGACGGGUAAAAAUGGGGAAAAUAUGAUUCUUUAAACCUGUUUUUUUAGUCAAUAUAUUAAUUUAAUUUCCAUGCUAAUGCUUCUGAAGAAAGCAUGAAAGAUAUCGAGUAAAACACAAAGAUCUUAACCGUUAAUUAAAGGCGCUUUAAUACAAAAUGAUAUUUCAAAGUGCUGCAUACGACGGCUUUAACCGGGGCGUAAUCUGAUGAGAAUUAAUUUCUCUCUCUUUGUUUGCUGCACUCUUCACCCGCUUGACAUUGUUUGAAAAUACGCAGCACUUCCUCGUCUUCAUGUGCUGAUUGUUUACUCGCCUCAAUUCACACCUCCUGCGAGAGAACGAGAAAAAAAAAAAAAAAAAAAAGAACCCAACCAACCUCCCUCAUCUGAUCCAAAGUGACAAAAGUGGAAAAAUCUGUGAUUUCUGUGACGAUCUCCAGCGUGUCGGGACAUGUUACUGAUUCUGUGAUAAUGAGGAUCCACCUCGUCGUGCGUAUAAAUAGACGUGCUAAUGACACAUUUAAAUCUUUCGCCUGAGAGUCGAACUAGAGGGACGUGGAGGGCCGCCGCCGAGAGUAAAUAUGUGUGAUAUUAAUAUGUACAUGCCCUAAUAGGAGUAGGCUUCAUUAUUUGAGCAUUAACCUGAGUGCAGGGGCGUUGGAGGCGCAGGUGAGGACGGUGAAGCUUUGGAACAGACCCGGCUCGGUGGGUACAGGUGGAUUCAGCGGUAGGGAAGAAGCCAAUUAGAUGCAGGUAACAAUGGGAGUUUGGCUGCUGGCACAGAGAUAGAGAGAGAGAGAGGGAGAGUCAAUGGACGGGGCGACCUCAGGAAGUGGAGUUAGGAGGAAGGCUGAAAUCCUCCGUCCCUCACGAGGCUGGGGCGAGCCGGAAAACACGGGGCGGCGUGCAACUUCUUCAGGAAAUCAUAUAAAUGGUGUUCUGCAGAACAUCUCAAGUUCCCGACAAUGACGAGCAGUUCGUUCCAGACUUCCAGACUGAAAACUUGGCUUUCCACGGACUGCAGCUGAAGAUCAAGCGGGAGCUGCACAGCCCGUGUUCAGAGCUGAGCUCCAACUGCAGUCAGGAGCGUUCCUUCAAGCUCCAGUAUGGAGAGAAGUGUCCGUACAACGUCAGUGCCUACGAGCAGAAGCAGCCUGCAGCAAUGAAGCCCUCCAGCCCAGUGACGCCCCCCUGUAGCACCCCUGUGUCCCCGCUCCAUCAUGCCUCCCCCACGGCGGCCCCGACUCCCAAGCCAGACAGGACCUACGCCCACAUACCGCCCUCGCAGCCGCUCGCUGACAACACCUACUCUAUGGACCACAGGUUUCGCCGCCAGCUCUCCGAGCCGUGCCACUCGUUCCCCUCCCCGCCGACGAUGGCUCGGGACGGCCGGCCCAUCUAUCACCGGCAGAUGUCUGAGCCCAACAUCCCCUUCCCUCCUCAAGGCUUCAAGCAGGAGUACCCCGACCCCCUGUUCGAGCACCCGGCCAUGAUGGGGGCGCCUCUACCCCACGCGUACCCCCCCACCAUGAUGAUCAAACAGGAGCCGAGAGACUUCACCUACGACUCAGCAGAAGUGCCUAGCUGCCAUUCUGUCUACUUACGGCAAGACGGCUAUCUGGCUCACACCAACAGGACUGAAGGUUGUAUGUUUGACAAAGUGGUGAGGCAUUUCUAUGAUGACACCUGCGUCGUGCCUGAGAAGGUCGAAGGCGACAUCAAGCAGGAGACGGGUCUGUACCGCGAGGGUCCGUCGUACCAGCGCAGAGGCUCGCUGCAGCUCUGGCAGUUCCUGGUGGCUCUGCUGGACGAUCCGUCCAACUCGCACUUCAUCGCCUGGACCGGCCGCGGCAUGGAGUUCAAACUCAUCGAGCCGGAGGAGGUGGCUCGUCGGUGGGGGAUACAGAAGAACCGACCAGCGAUGAAUUAUGACAAGCUCAGCCGAUCUCUGCGCUACUACUACGAGAAGGGAAUCAUGCAAAAGGUCGCCGGCGAGAGAUACGUCUACAAGUUCGUGUGCGACCCCGAGGCCUUGUUCUCAAUGGCGUUCCCCGACAAUCAGCGGCCGGUGCUGAAGACGGACAUGGAGCGGCAGAUCAACGAGGAGGACACGGUGCCGCUGUCGCACUUUGACGAAAACAUGGCCUACGUGCAGGAGGGGCCGUACUGCCAGCCGCACCCCUACAGCGAGGGCUAUGUUUAUUAACGACAGCCCCACACACACCUCCUCCCUCCUCCUCUGUACACCUGAGACUGUCAUGUCCUCUAACUCACCGUCGCUCCGGGAAUAAGACACACACACCCACACACACACACAUGCAGCGGAGCUCCCCCUCUCCCUCUGUCUCUCUCACAUGAACACGUUUCUUUUCCUUUGCUCUUGUCUGUCUGACGUUGAAGCGGCACAGCAGGAUGGAGAGUGCACUUUAUGGACAGGACCGGCUCGGUGUUAGCCUGCCCCGGGGUCAGCAAAGCUACGUGGUUGGCUUUUUACAGUUGUUUGUGUUUGCACAUUAAUGUGGGAAUCCUUCUGUUUUUUUUUUUUAUUAUUAUUAUUCUGAUGAUUUUGAGCAUGUAGCGCCCUGCUGAGACAGGACUCACCUACCUGGACUUCCUGCAAAAGAAACCGUCUCAUCUGCUGGAAGGAUGAUCCUUUUUGUCCUUUAGCCAUCCCGUACUUUGAUGCUCAUUUAAAGUGCAUACUGGCAGCGUAUUGUAUCUAUACUUUUACGGUGAAGUGACUUGAUUAUAGACUUGAAAAUGUGAUAAUAAAAGACAUUUAGCCGCCUCGCCACUGAGUCUGAGCACAGCACCGCUCGUCUGUCCAAUCAGAACUGUAGACCUCAUCAUGUAGGUGUUUUCUGCUGGAUGGAUCCAUCGACCCGACGGCUGAGAAAUCCUCGUGAAACUCCAGGGUGCGAGGAUGACCUCGAAUGGAAAUCACUUCCUCCGGCUCACAUGUGAACGGCGUCUGUUUAGGAUAAUCAAUAAAGCUCCAGGCCUCUGUAAAAUAACUCUUACGGUAAUUCACUGUAAACAGACGUUUCCUUUUAGUUUUCUGAAAGACAUGAAAGCAGCAGUCAUUAUUUAUCUACCAGGUGUUCAGAUGUCUGAUGAAUAACAGGUUGAGAGUGUUUGUACAGGGAAGUUGGAAAACAGCAGUUAACAGGAUAUUAUUUGCAUCCCUAAAUACAGGAAAAAAAAGUGAUUUUAUUGGCUGAAACAAUAAAAAGUGAAGGAAAAAUCAA